GACCCGAGUUAGAACAUGUUAGUAUAGGUUAAUUUUAUAGCGCGGAAGGCAGCUUCGAGGUCUGAAUUUAGAAAAAUCAUCGCUUCCACUGAGCAUGGCGACGGCCGGCGAUGGAUCAGAGAACAGAACAGCAAGGGAGCCGGCGGCUGCUAAUGGAAUACCGGAGGAGGCAAAGCGUUUGCUGGAGCACGCCAUUGGCGAGGCUAUUAGCUUUAAGCAAACCCUGUCCGCGGCCGCGGAUGACGCCGUAGUUACUGUUCGUUCCGGACUCUCUCAGAUUCUUUCUACCACUUCGGACAGCCUCCAUGAAGCACAGGGCAUGUUGAAAUUGGUGAAGAGCGAGUACACUGCGUACGAGGAUUUGGCGGUGGAGAAGAUUAAGGAGGGUAUUUAUGUCGCAGCUUCUCAUCCCGGCAUUUCUUUUGCUGUCGCAGGAGGAGUGGGGCUUGUAGUUUUGAAGAGACCAAGAAGUUUUAUAAUACGGAAUACGAGGCGGUUAUUUUUGAGUGAAGAGUCAAUGCUUGCUGGCGCUGAAUCAAAAGUAAAUGACUUGCGGCAAUCAAUCAAUCUUGUGAAGAAUGAAAGCAGAAAGUUGGGGGAGAGGGCCUUAAAAGCCGAGGAAGAAAUGGAGCGAGGGAGAAAGGCACUCAUAGAUGAAGGACGUGGAAUUCAAACUGAAUUGCAUUUUAUCAGAAAAAUUGAGAAAGAUGUAAUGGGCUUGAAAGAUCUUAUCCAUGAACUUCCUCGGAGAGAAGCUUCUCGUUAUAGAUCAGCGGUUUCAAACUUUGUUUCUCAAGUUAAGCAAGAAAAGAAAGCUCUCAGCAACACUGCAUCGAAGAUCGUCAACUACGGCAUCCCAAUCUGAUGGCUGCCAUUACACUUCACAACUCUCUUUUUAUUCUCCAUAGAUUACUAUUUUUUCAGUAUAAUUAUCUGUGUGUUCUUCCCUGUUCUGAAAAUUGAUAUGUUGAUAAGCAGCCUGUUAUGUCCCAAUUUGAAAGAUUUAAUUAUUUAGGGAA